AUGGAAUCUAAACAAUCCUCAUCUCACCUAAUCGCACCAGAUUAUGAAAAUAACGAGUAUUCGUUGCCAAGUGAAGAAGAACAUGAAGGAUUAAAUCGAUUACAGACGCGACAAUAUUUGCUUAGAUUUACGUGGAAAAAAGAAUACACUGCACCAAUACACGAAAAGUUGAAAGCUGGAGCUAAAGUGAUUGACGUUGCUUGCGAUAUGGGUUAUUGGUUACUUGAUAUGGCAUCCAAGUAUCCAAAAUCACAGUUUACGGGCGUUGAUAAGGUAUCGAUUCCUCAUCCAUCGGACUUGUCUUCCAACGCGAAUUUUGAAAUGGGAGAUGCAUAUUGUCUACCUUAUGAAGAUGGGUCGUUGGACUUCGUAAGGUUUAGUUUCUCGUUAGCAAUUUUCCCCGCAAAAGACUGGACAAAAUCUAUAUUACCUGAGGCUUUGAGGAUUCUUAAGCCUGGAGGAUAUAUUGAAUUGCAGGAAUUUGAUUGUGAUAUGAACAAUCUAGUUAUUCAAUUUCUUAAGGCUAAUAAAAUGGAUACAAAGUUAUGUUCAAAUAUGGAAAAGUAUUUAAGAGAAACUAACUUUGUAUCCAUUGACACGAUUGACGUAGAAUGUAACAUAUGGGACGGUACUUAUGGAAAGUUGGCUCUUGAGGAUUUUAUAACGACUUACAAAUUAAUGAUGCCUUAUCUUUCUAAGUUUAUUGGAAUCGAAAAAGAUCCAUAUUUAAAUUUAUUGAAGAAACUUGAAGAGGAAGUAAAGGAUUAUAAGAGCUCACAUAAAUUAUUUAGAUUUAUCGGAAGAAAACCUUCCUAG